AUGGCCACACACUACCCACGGUCCCCCAUCGAUGUUGUGAUCGGCGACACCACCAUCAACCUCUUUGGCAGCUCUACAACAACCACUUCGUCAGCGGUCGUCAGCUCGACGACAACGUCAUCGACCACCACGCCCGCCGUCGCCGCUUCUUCGUCCUCGAGCGCCGCACCGGCCGACAAGUCGAGCUCGGCAGCGGUCAAGGUCUCUUCCACGCACGCCGUGUCGCCCGUCGUCGCUUCAGCAGCGGUGAACUCUGCCUCUGCGCAAGCCUCGACGUCGAACCCCGUGGCAGCCGUUUCGUCCAACCCACCACCCGCAUCCUCGACCGAUGCCCCUGUGGCGUCGACACCAACAAACGAGGCACCCUCAGCCACCGAGCCAACAGCUUCGGACGACCACGCGACCCAAGUCACCAACACGGUCUAUGAAGCGUCCUCGUCCUCGUCGGCAGCGGCUGCAUCGGCGCCGGCCCCCAGCUCGUCGGACCUCAGCACGCCUGGCAUGGUCGGCAUCAUCAUCGGCUGCGUGGUGGCACUCAUGCUCCUCCUCUCUGCAUGCUUCUUUAUUGCCAAGAUGCGCAAGCGCAGCGACCGCAAGGCCCUCGCAGAUGACGCUCUUGACGGCAUGGGUGGUGUAGAGUGGGGCCGGCGUGCUUCGCGCCGCCUGUCCCACACAGGGUAUGCCUCCACGCACCACGAUCACAUUGAUGAUACCCUCGAGCCACUCGAGGCGUUUGCGACACCGCACGGGUACGACAUUACGCGUCCAGAGGCACGCGACAGUGUCCAGAUGCAGAUGUAUGGCGCUCACGUUCAACCUGGCCACCAUGGUUCAGGCGCGCUCUUCGCACCACCUCACGCGCCGUUUGGUGGAUACCGAGGUAACGACCGCUCGUCGGGAUGGACCGACAAUUCAGAGAUGGAUGCGUUUGCCGAACGCGGCUCGACGAUUGCACGCACCGCCUCGACAGUGACGCGCGGCAACUCGGAGUACGACCUUGAGCGCGACCCGGGCAUGGUCAUGAUGCAGGCGCCUGGACCUGCCUUCCACACACACACCAGCUCGCCGUCCAACGGUACGUUUGGUCGUUCAUCACCCUACACUCCUCGUGCACCGGCACCCUACAACCCCUAUGCGCCGGCAGCAGGCAGCGUCCUCUCCGUGGCAUCGGGCAACUCGUAUCCCUCAGCUAUUGCCAACACGGCCAUGGCACCGUCGCCACUCGCGACCCAGGCGUCGCGCGGCUCUGCUUACGACAACAACCGCGCUCAGUCUGUGUACGACUCGCGUGGAUCCACCUAUGACACGUACGAGGCGUACCAUUCGGCGGCAGACAACAGUGGCCGUGGCCAGUCAUACUACGAGACCGAUGCGGCUGUAGCUGCAGGUGGUCGCAUCCCGGCUCCUCGUCUCCUGGUCGACACCAAGCAGGCGAUUUCUCAAUACGAGGACUCGCCCUCGGGAGCAGGACCUUCUGCAGCUCGCCCGCCGACCGCCAUGUCCGUCCACAGCGUGCAUGGCGCCCGCGGCACCGGAGCCGCUACCCCGCCCACUCCCGUGGCCUCGUCGCCUGCCUCGACACUCAGUGGAGCCUCGGUCGUGCGCCCGCUCGUCUCGAACAGGCAGCAGAGCAUGUACGUGAUGGACAACGAGGAGCUGGCCGACUCGCCCAUCCAGCAAUCUGGAGCCAGCGGCCGUCCCGCGACCAUUGUCAUGCACGCCGACUCUGGCAUGGCUUUCGAGGACGCCGAGCCGCACACCGACCAGGAGGGCAACCUCCACUUGCCACCAGCGUACGGCGACAUUUACGGCCCGCCUGAACCUGAGCGCAGGUAG